GAACGCGGCCUAGUUUCCAGGUUAGUUAGCCAAUCAUACGUAAGAGGAGGGUUCACCGCCCUCCAAUGAAAACAAGGCGAGCCGAGGGGACAGCCAAGAUGCGAAGCCAAUGGGAGGAGAUUGCGCGGGGCACGCCGGGAUGAUGGAGAAUUUCUCCGCUCUCUUCGGAGGGACGGAACCGCCUCCGCCUACCACAGCCGCCGCGCUGGGCUUUGGACCAGGGAAACCCGGAGGACCGGGGACUGGGCCACCUCCCGUCCCUGCCGUGACCCCCGUCGGAGAGAAAGCGGCGGCCGCCAGCGGCCCCUUCUACCUAAUGCGCGAGUUACCAGGUACUACAGAACUAACAGGGAGCACAAACCUGAUCACCCACUACAACCUGGAGCAUGCCUACAACAAAUUUUGUGGCAAAAAGGUGAAGGAGAAGCUCAGCAACUUCCUGCCUGACCUACCAGGGAUGAUAGAUUUGCCAGGUUCACAUGACAACAGCAGCUUGCGUUCUCUCAUUGAGAAGCCCCCCAUCUGCAGCAGUUCAUUCAACCCUAUCACCGGUACCAUGCUAACAGGCUUUCGUCUCCAUGCAGGCCCGCUGCCAGAGCAGUGUCGCUUAAUGCACAUCCAGCCACCUAAGAAAAAAAACAAGCACAAACACAAGCAGAGUCGUACGCAGGAUCCUGUCCCUCCAGAAACUCCUUCAGAUUCUGACCACAAGAAGAAAAAGAAGAAGAAAGAGGAUGACCCUGAGCGGAAAAGGAAGAAGAAGGAGAAGAAGAAAAAGAAAAAUCGGCAUAGCCCUGAACACCCUGGUGUGGGCAGCUCUCAGGCCAGCAGCAGCAGCAGCCUCCGGUAAAGUCCUGCCACGGAGUUAUCUUGGAAGGUGCUACAGCUUUGACAAGAAAAGGAGGAACAGCAAUAAUGGGGGAGUCACCACAGACUCAUAUACUUCCCCUGCUUCCCCUUCGCCUCUACUGAGUGGAACUUCUGGGACUCCAUUGAUCUCUCUAUAAGGAACAUAGACUUUGCCUGCGACACAAUGCAGACUGGUGUCUUUAUAUGGGAGCCCUGCCUACUCGGGGAGGGUUUUUCCCCCCUUCUUUUCCUUUUUACAGAAUGGUCCUGACUAAGUUGGGAUGUGUCUGCCUCGUAAUUUAGUUAAACCUUUGUUGGAGCACUUGGGAGGGUCUGGAACCUCUUCUCGGUAUCAUGGGCUUGGAAACUGCACUGUGAAUAGAUAGGGAGAAACUCUAGAAGUGCUUUCUUUUGUAAAGUGUGGCCCAAGGCUAGUGGGUGAGUUAGUUGCCUAAGUAGAAAGAGCUAAUGUGAUCGGGCUUUUUCUAAAUAGGAAAAUGGGGGAAACGGCAGAACUGUGAGGUGGGAGUAAAGAGAAGACAAGGUUGGUUUUACCUUCCCGGAGCUGAUCCAUGCUGAUAAGUAGGCCUGCUUUAGUAUCAUCAGCUAGAGAGUGAAGUCGAAAGCAUUGACCAAAUUUCUUUUAACUGUGGAAGCAUGUAAGUCAAGAAGCUAUACUGUGAAUCCAAGGACAGAACUGUGUAUAUGGUGAUAUUUUCCCCUAAGGGCUCACUUACCAGGUAAAGGCUUCUCUACAUGUAAUCCCUUUAAAAAUAAAACUUGAAAACAAAAAAA